AUGAGUAGGGAGAACCAGAGCAGCGUGUCUGAGUUCCUCCUCCUGGGACUCCCCAUCCGGCCAGAGCAGCAGGAAGUGUUCUUUGCCCUGUUCCUGGGCAUGUACCUGACCACGGUGCUGGGGAACCUGCUCAUCAUCCUGCUCAUCAGGCUGGACUCUCACCUCCACACCCCCAUGUACUUCUUCCUCAGCAACUUGGCCUUCACUGACAUCUCUUUCUCAUCUGUCACUGUCCCAAAGAUGCUGAGAAAUAUGCAGACUCAGCACUUGUCCAUUUCCUAUCCUGGGUGUAUUUCACAGAUGUAUUUUUAUCUACUCUUUGGUUGUGUUGAUAAUAUCCUUCUUGCAGUGAUGGCAUAUGACAGGUAUGUGGCCAUUUGUCACCCUCUACACUACACCACCAUCAUGAAGGAGGACCUGUGUGUGCUGCUGGUGGCUGGCUCCUGGAUUCUCUCCUGUGGCAGUGCCCUCUUGCACACCCUCCUCCUGACUCAGGUGUCUUUCUGUGCUGACAACAUCAUUCCCCACUUUUUCUGUAGCCUCCGCAUCCUACUCAAGUUGUCCUGCUCCAACACCUCUCUUAAUGAGCUGGCCAUAUUUACUGCAGGGGCUGUGGUUGUCAUUUUUCCAUUGAGUGGUAUCUUGGUCUCUUAUGGCCACAUUGGGGCCUCUAUUCUGAAGGUCCCCUCUACCAAAGGUAUCUGCAAAGCCUUGUCCACCUGUGGCUCCCACCUUUCUGUGGUAUCUCUAUUCUAUGGAACAAUUAUGGCACUAUACUUUUCCACCUCAUCAGGUAGCUCUAAUGACAAAGACAUGAUUGCCUCACUGAUGUAUACAGUGGUCACUCCCAUGUUGAAUCCCUUCAUCUACAGCCUAAGGAACAAAGACAUGAAAUUGGCUCUGGGGAUUCUUUUCAGAAACAAAAUCUUUUUCACCUAG